AUAUCUCCUACUUGUGAAAUAGUUUGGAUUUUACAGCACUGUAAACUGGUAAUAUCUACAAUACAGGUUAUGGAGGACAUAGCGGUUAUAGGACUAGGUUGUCGAUUUCCUGGUGCAGACAACGCCGAAGAAUAUUGGAGAGUUUUGGUAAAUGGAGAGAAUCACAUAACAGACAUACCAAAAGAAAGAUGGGACAAUGAGGCUUUCUACAGCAAUAACAAAGAUGAGCCGGGAAAGUCGUAUGUUAACAAAGCUGGUUUUAUUAAUGGACACGAUGAGUGGGAUAAUAAACUAUUUGGAAUCAGUGAUAGUGAGGCAAUGCAUAUUGAUCCUCAACAAAGACAAGUUCUUGAAUGCACACAUAUGGCUUUAGAAGAUGCAGGAUUAACAAGAACACACAUUAAAGGCACUGAGACUGGUGUUUAUAUAGGUGUUAUGAAUGACGAUUAUAAACGUUUAUCAAGUUUUGAUCAUGAGGAAGAUACGAAUUAUUCUGCAACAGGAAUGAGUGCAACAAUUAUCUCAGCACGUGUUUCAUACGUGUAUGAUUUGCGAGGUCCUUGUAUGGUUGUUGAUACAGCUUGUUCCUCGUCAAUGUUAGCGAUACAUAUAGGAUGUCAAGCUAUAAGAUCUGGUGACUGUGAGAUGGCAGUGUGUGGAGGGGUUAGCAGUAUCAUAACACCAGAUCAGUUUAUCACGCUCUGUAAAGCUAGAAUGUUGUCUCCAACUGGUCAAUGUCAGAGUUUUUGUGAUACAGCAGAUGGUUAUGGUCGAGGUGAGGGUUGCGGAAUUGUUAUCCUCAAGUCUUAUUCAAAAGCAUUACGGGACAAGAACAAUAUUUGGGGAAUUAUAAAGACGGGUAGCAAUCAAGACGGUCAUGUAGCCCAACCUAUAACAGCCCCUUCCGGUCAACAGCAAGAGGCAUUGAUGAGAAAAAUUUACAGUCAGUAUAAUAUCGACCCGACAUGUCUUCAGUACAUAGAGGCACAUGGAACAGGAACGGCAAUAGGAGACCCUACAGAGAUAAAUGCAAUUGGCAGAUUUCUUGAUAAAUUUAGAUCGAAAAUACCUCCGGAUAAAGAGAACAUUACAUUGGACCAUUCCCAAGCAAAUUUAAGGUUGAAAAAUUCACACAUUACAUCUGAAAUUAACAGAGACGCAAACACCCAUAUAGCAAUAGUUAAUCAUGAAAAGACCAAAAAAGUUUUGAUUGGAUCUGUUAAAUCUAACAUUGGUCACCUGGAAUCAGCCGCUGGUGUCGCUGGUUUGAUUAAAGUACUCUUGAUGAUGAAACAUGAAAAAAUUGUUCCAAGCCUACACGUCAAAAAAGAUAAAUCAAACAUCAAUAAAAAGAUAGAGUUAGAAAGGUAUGGACUUGAGGUAUCUGUAGCAACUUCAAAUUGGAUACAAAAUGAUGCAGGAGAGAUGAUUUGUUGUGUUAAUUGUUUUGGCUUUGGAGGUUCCAAUACACAUGCAGUUGUUAUCCAUAGCAAGGAAAUGAUGUCUUCCAUACAGAAAUUAGAAAACGAAACUGCUAACAGCCUAUACAAUAUCAUUUGUCUUUCUGGAGUGAGUAAAGCAGCACUGAAGGAUAACAUUGAAGCGCUAGUCAAAGAUAUAGCAUCAGGCAAUUACAUGAUUCAAGAUAUUUCCUAUACAUCGGUUUACCAUCGUGACCACUUUCCUUAUCGGUCUCUUGUUUUCGGGAUAACUGAUGAUAGCAUUAAGCAACAGCUCAGACAGAAACUUUUACUCAUUGAUAAGAUAGAGAGCACUCGAAAGACAAGGAUAGCUUUCAUUUAUUGCGGAGUCGGGACAACUUGGAAAGGAAUGUGCCGAGAGAUGAUGAGCACUCAGGAGGUUUUCAGAAAAGCAGUUUCCAAUAUUGACAAACUUUUGCAGCCUUUGACGGGAUGGAGUAUUGCUGACAAAUUUAGAGAUGACACCGAUUAUAGUGAUCCGUUCCUGAAUCACAUUGCAAUAUUCUGUACUCAGGUAGCAUUAACGGAACAAUGGAAGAGCAUGGGUAUAGUUCCAGAGACGGUGAUUGGUCAGUCGGUUGGAGAAGUAGCAGCAUCAUAUGCUUCAGGUGCGUUGUGUCUAAAGGAUGCUGUUCAAGUCAUAUUCCAUCGAUCUAAAAUACUAGCGAACAUGACUGGAGGUAAAAUGAUGGUGGUUGGAAAUAUUGAAGUCAGCAGAAUUGAAUCUCUUUGCAAAUCGUUACAAGAUCGUGUGACGAUAGCAGUUUUCAAUAGCCCAGUGUCUUGUACUGUUUCAGGUGACGAAGAUGCGGUUACUCAGCUAAAAAAUAUUCUAGAAGAGAUGAUUGUGACGGAAAAUACAGACAUAAUGAUAAGGGUAUUAUCUGUCCAAUGUGCUUAUCAUAGCCAUCACAUGGAUCCAUGCAUUGAAGCCAUUGCAAACAAACUUGCUUUAGAAAAUAUACAGACUCCUUCCAUAGACCAAAUUUCAACAGUUACUGGUGAGCUAUACAAAAAGAACGACUUCCAAACAGGUAAAUACUGGGCCGAAAAUAUUAGAAAACCAGUAUUAUUCAAGGACGCAAUUAUUCGAUCAGCUGACACAAACGCACUAAAUGUGUUCGUAGAAAUUGGCCCCAGACCAGUUUUACAAGCGCAUUUAGCAAAUAUCAUGGGGGAUCAUUUGAAAGGGAAAAGUAUUCCGUCUAUGAAAAUCAAUAAAGAGAAUGAGAGUCUACUUACAUCCUUAAGCAGCCUCUUUGAGUUUGGAGUGCAUAUAUCAUGGGACAAUAUUAUACCAAUGGACGGCAGAAUUGUUCCUGUUCCACGGUACAUUUUCCAGAAAACUAAAAUGCUCCAUAUUCCAAAUGGUAAGCGACGCCUUUUGAACGGAAAUGUGAAUCAGUGCUCUGCCGUACAUUUAUUUACGAGACGUAAUAUAGACGGUACACCAAAUUUUACAAUUCAUUUAGACAAAGAAAAUACUCCAUUUGUAUACGACCAUUUCCUUUUUAAUUCAGUUCUUGUUCCUGGGGCUACUUAUGUUGAGGCAGCAUUAGAGAUAGGAUUUCAGAAGUCUUCACUUACAGCCUUUGAAAUAAGCGUUUCAGUUGAGUUCAUGAACACAUGUAUGCCAAAAAACGAAAAUGAAUGUGUGAUUGAUGUCGAUGUCACCGAUAAAAAAUCAGAUGAAUAUACUUUUUUUGUGAAAAAAGAUGGAAAACUUUUAGCACAGGGAGAGAUAUCGCCACGGAAAGAUUCAACCAUGCAACUUCUGAAUAUACAGACUAUUAAAGACAGAUGUCAAGAACAUAGAACGAAAGACGAAAGCUAUGAAUGUUUGAAUAAAUUACACUUUCGAUAUGGAGAGUCUCUCAGUGUUAUUCAACAAUCAUGGGCCUCAUCAAAUGAAUGUAUUGUUGAAUUUUCGCUACCUGAUUCCGUAAUGAAACAAAGAAAAGUAACCCAUUUGCAUCCAUCCGUAAUAGACGGUUUGUUGCAAGCGUUCGGAAUUUUGAGUUCAACCGGCUCUCAGAAUCCUACUUUGCCAAAGGGCGUUGGCUCUUUCACAAUAAAUAAACCUCCAGAGAGAUGUAUGUAUGGAUACUCUCUUUUAGUAAAGUCUACUCCAACAAGAAACCAUUACAACUCAUUACUCCUGACAACAAACGGUGAAAUAAUAGCUGAGAUUCAUGAUUUCUAUACGAAAUCGGUAUCAGAUACUACAGAUAUGCAGUUACAAAAAACGUAUUGUACAGAAUGGCGUGAAACAGAGUUACUUGAUGGAACUGUAAAUUUUGAUGAUGUCAGUAAUGAAAGAAAAAGCGUUAUUAUCUGCUCAAAACGAUUCCGAAAUUUCGUAACUGAAACGGACCAACAAAUCAAAUAUAUUGAUGUAGAUACCAUUAUAAAAGAUGACGCUUUCAAGCGCCUUUCACAUUUGCGGUCAAUUGUGUAUGCGCCUUUUUUUCAUAUCAAGCAAAUGGAAAAUGAUGGCCAGGUCAUAUAUGAUUCUGUGAAAAAAUCUUUUACACUUUUACGACUGAUCAUUCAAACCCUUAAAGAAAACAAUGAAAAUAUCCCUGUCUUUGUCGUUACGGAAAAUGUAAUGGGACACACUGACAAAAAAGGAAACAUUAAUGUCUGCGGCUCCGAAUUAUGGGGUAUGGUUCGUUCAGCAAUCAACGAAGGUGCAUACGAAAACUUCAAUCUUAUCGAUAUAUCGCCUACGAAAGAGAAUAUGAUUAUCUUGGAAACACUUGUGAAAAAGAACAUAACUGGGUACAACGAGUUCCUGAUAGAAAAUGGAAAGUUUCAUUUUAUUGAACUAUUGGAAGUAAGCGAUCGCAGCAUUCCUGUAAGGAGAGAGGUUCAAAGAGAUAUAUCAGAGAACAACAUACUAAAAUCAUUGUCGGCAACAUCAGUCAGAGAUCAAUUUUUUGAUGUAAAACCACAGGCGAUUGAAACAAAUAAUGUAAAACCUGCAUGCAAACUCCUGGUUGAAUCUUUAUGUCUACAUAGCCCGUCAGUAUUACCGCUUGUACAUAUGACGAAUGACAAUGAUCCAAUAUGGCCUAACGAAGAGGGAUAUACAGUCAUAGGCUUAGAAGGUAUAGGGUAUAAUGUACAUGACGAUACUUGCAGUGAGAAAGAGAAAACAAAAAUUGUAUUUUGCUAUCCUGUUUCUGCUUCAACAAUUCUUUCUGUUCCACGAAUAUGCGCAUUUGACUUAACAACUCUACCGAUAUAUGUACCAGGGAUGCUCACUGUAGGAGUGAUAUUGUGGAACGUUGUUCACGCGAAGAAACUGUCUUCCAAUGUGUGUUUCAUUGUCGAUGACAAAAUAGAAUAUUGUUUCAACAUAAUUGCUCAUUUUGCAGCACGAUUGUCUGUAACAUGUCAGAUUGUAAAACAGUCCACAGUACGUGAAAUGCCACCAGACAAAGCCAAAAACAUUCGUAUAUUAUUUGUCCUGACAAAAAUCACAAAUUCAUUAUUUGCGUUAUGUGAGGCAUUAUUUCCGGAUUUACAAGAAAUUGUUAGUAUUGAGGAAUACAUUACGAAGGCCCAAAGGUCAUACAUUGUAAUGAAAGCUGAAAAGAUUGUGGUAACAAUCUUGAAAACAGAAGACAUGUUUACAGUAGCAGAGAUAACAAAGACAGUACCAAACGUUUAUCAGAGUUUAAAAUCGAUUGAAAGUAAUCAUUUUCCGUUAUGUGACAAUCGGGCAAUGACACACAGAAAGAAUCAAAGGACAGAUGUUUUGACCCUCCCAUAUGAUGUGAUUUUUCUCCAUGAUGAAGAGAUAGUGACAAGAGUACCUUUAAUGGUGUCUCAGAAAAAUGUUUUUAGGAGAAAUGGCUGUUACAUCCUUAUCGGAGGGCUAACAGGAUUGGGCUGGGAGAUUCUAACGUUUCUGGCACACCUUGGAGUAAAGCAUAUUGUUGCAUUUUCAAGAAGUUUACCAUCAAAAAAUAAAACAAACGAAAUAGAGAAAAUUAAGAAGAGAUAUGAAUGCCAAGUUAUACACCUUCAAGUUGAUAUAACUAAUUUAUGUCAGGUAAAUAAUGCUUUUAAAAAGCUCAAAGGUGUUAUAGGCAGUGAUGUAGUAGUCAGAGGAAUCUUCCAUGGAGGGGGCGUUACUCGUGAUACCUUUUUACGAAAUAUGACCGACAAUGAGGUAGAUGAAGUACUGUUACCGAAAGUUUUAGGAACUUGGAAUCUUCAUUUAGCCACUCUCAACAUGCAACUUGAUUUCUUUGUCAUGCAUUCGUCUAUAGUGUCUAUCUUUGGCAAUCAAGGUCAAUGUAAUUACGGAGCAGGGAAUUCUUUCCAAGACGCAUUUGCUUACUAUCGCCGGAGUCUUGGAUUGUGUGGACAAAGUAUAAAUUGGAGCACAUUAUCGCUUGGAAUGGCAACUGAAAACGAGGCAUUAGAGAGAUAUUUGAAAAGCCAAGGAUUUCACUAUUUAAGGAAAGAUGAAAUACUGGAAUGUUUCAUGCAGGCAGUGAUGAUGAACCGAGUUCAGAUCGUGUUUGGAAAGUUUGACUGGAACAAAAUCAAAGAAAUACCUUCACUUCAAUCAAAUCCAAGAAAAAUUGAGGCUAUUUUAGAAACAGUACCAAUAUCUAAGCAAACAAAAAAAGAUAAUAAUAAGACCUUAGAUAUGGUAGAAUUAGCAAAACUGGAUAUGUUGACUCAAAAGAAUGUCCUUCAAGAAAAAGUGAAGAUGAAAAUCGCGGAGAGUUUUGUUCUUGAUGAAAAUACACUUACUGAAAACACACGCAUAGUGUCUCUUGGCAUUGAUUCAAUGGCAGCUAUAAGUUUUACAAAUGCAAUGUUUGAAUUAACAAAUGUUCGAAUCCCAAUCGGAACACUUUUUGAUGAGUCAACAACAAUAGAGUUUCUUUCAACCUACAUUUUAGAAAACAUUAAAAAUAAAAAAGGAUCUUCUAGUUUAGAAACGGAGAAAGAAAAUUUGAAAGGAAAACAAUAUCUAAAAGGAGAUAUCACUUUUAUGCAGAAAUCGUUACUUGACGAUUUUGUCAGGGAUCCAUUUAGUAAAAACAUCAUGCGACAAGUUGACUUUGAAAUCUUUGGUUUGAAGCUGCAGAAGAGUGACAUAAAAGUUGUUUUCAAUCACCUUAUAAAGAUCAAUCCUGAUUUGAGACGCAUAUUUUCGAUAACAAAUGAUGGCUCUUAUAAUUGUGAAGUAGUCAAGGACCACACUAUUGAUAUAGAGGAGGUUGAUUUCAGUAGUAUUUGUGAAACACAUUCAAGAGAUGAAAGAGAUAAAGUAAAGAUUGAUAUAACAAAAGAUUUGCCAAUGAAAGUAAUGAUUGGUUUCAUGGAAAAGAAAACAAGGAUUCGUGUGUAUGUUCAUGCUAUCUUAGGAGAUCUGUCUGGAAUCACAAAUAUUUUCCGAGAGAUUGGGGAAAUACUGACAUGUCAUUUAAAGAAGGAAGAACUACCAUUGAAGAAAAUUGAUAUGGACCCUGCAGAGGCAAUCAGAAGUGUGCUUUUGCCACAAAUGCAUGAACUUAGAACGUACUGGAAAUCUAAAUUUCAAGAGGAUAUACACCCGUUUACCUUUUCUGAAAAUAUAAAUGAUCAGUUAGAUGAAAGAAAUUGGGUAGACAUCGCAAAAAGAGUUCCUCUUGUUCUUGUUGAUAAAGUCAUGCAGUUCCUCAAUUUAAAGGGCAUUUCAAUGUACCAUUUCAUCAUGUGUGUGUAUUUAGCGCUUCUUCAUGAGAAAACAGGGUAUGAUGUGAUACCCUUACUGACCUUUGCUGAUAUGAGAAGUUAUGUGUCACAACUCCAGUCGACUUUACAAAGUUGUUCAAAUGCUAUUCCUGUGAUAGGAGUACUAAGAAAAAUGGGAACUGUAUCAAACUUUUUAAAGCAAACUUCCGAUGAAUUGAAUCAGAUGACACAACACGGCGCUUACCCCUAUAAGCUAAUAGAGGACGAAAUGCAAUCUGAAGAACUCAAACAGCAUAUAGGUCGUCACAGAGUUAUAAUGGAGAACAUGACAGCAGUUAAUAAUCAUUUCAAACAUGAAGGUGUUGAGAUAAAAAUCGGAAAUGUAUUUUAUAAACGACAUGUAUAUGAAACAACUUUACAUGUCGAAUAUGAUACAAAACAACGCUUCAUCAUUCUACAGUUUGGAUAUAACGGAAAGGCUGUUGCAGAGAGGGACGCAAAUAAUUUACUUUGCCAGUUGCAAUUCAUGAUAGACCGAUUCAUUCAAAACCCAAGUAAAGAUGUGAAGGAAAUACUGACAGAAACUACGACAGAAUCGAGUAAUGUAAUACAAUGUGAUGUUGGUACUCCAAAUAGAAAACAUCACGAAGAAAACAAACAUAAUCAUCACAUGGAUCAAUUAGAUAAAGAAAUUCAAGAUGAUAGGCAAACUGUUGUACUAACAGAAAACUUUUCGAAACAAACAACACAAGGUUGGGAACAUCCGGUGCAGCUUAAGCUUAUGACUCAAAUUUCAAGUAAAAGAAACAGCAAAAUGCUUUUGACUUGGGGUAGAGGUAAAAAAGAAAGACGAUUGGAAGGUCGCGAUAUAUCAGAAGUAGAAGUCAAGAAAUUAAAUGGGAUAUUCCUUAUUGUUGUGAAAACUCAUUCACGUGAGUUUAUUUUCAAGGAUCCGUCAUUAGAGAAAGCAAUGCGUUGGCUUACUACCUUCAAACAGGUUGACAAGGAAGUGAAACGAUCUUACCAACAAUAGAUUUGAUAAUUGUAACUUUAUAACCAAAGUGUGUAGUAUACAUGUAUUUGUACUGAAUCCAGGGUAGCAUGACGAUGUGCUUAACUUACCGUUUAGCCUUUUUGCUGUAUUUCUUUGAUAAAUGCUUAAAGCCCCAUUAUGCCCCACAAUUGCUUUUAAUUUUGUUUCUCAAAAGCUUUUUAUUGUUGUUACUUUUAAAGUUUCCAAAAUAUUACUUUUUGACCAAUAACAUGAACCACAUUUUUUUUUUGUUUUAGUGUAGUUAUAGUGUUUUAGUAUUUUGAAUGGAAGUCAAAAUACUACUUUGUUUACAUUUUGCUAUUUUUAUGACAACAUAUUUUACAUUUGGCGCUACUUUCUUAACGCAACAAACAUUAAAUAUGUUCUAAAACCAUUAUUUAAGCAAUAUAGAAUUCAUUUUUACCCUUUGUAAAGAGGUAAAAAAAUUAUUCAUUUCUGAGGCAUAAUGUGCCUUUAAAUUAAAUUAAGAUUUUCAUUUAAUGUUUUGAAAAUGCAAACCGAGCUACAUAGGAUUCAAUUCAUCAUUUGAAAUGAAAUACGUUUUUAUGUUAUCAAAUAUAAUCAGAUAUCAUGACAUUUAAUCAUUUCGGUAUUUAUAUUUCUCCUUUUGUUUAUUUACAAAUAACAUUUUGUACUUUUUGUUACAUUAUAUCCUGUUAUUUUUUUAUAUUUCAAAAUGCACUGAAUACAUGUCUCUAAAGAAUCAUUGCUAUCAUUUAAUCAAUAACUUGGAGAUAAAUGAUUUAUUUGCAUUUUCUGCAUGGAAUUCAAUAUAAAAGGAAAAAGGGAGAAAGUCAUAUUCAUGUUAAAUAUAUUGGGAAAAAUUCGAUACAAACGAGGAAACAGCCAACUAGCUGUGUAUCUAUAAAAUAUUCCAUUAUUUCUUUUAUCUCCCGCCGAUUAAAUUUGAGUAGGAUACUUGAAUGACGUUUUCAGUCGGUCCAUCUGUUUUGGAUCUCUUGGUUUAUUUUUUAAAUAAACUGUAACGUAUACACGGAUAAAAAGGCGGUUCGCCGAGUUUUAAAGAAAAUUUUCAAGUUUUAGCCAUAGUUACAACUGGUUGAUUAGAUUAUAAUGAAAUUUGGCUUGUAUAAAAUAGUAAAAAACUGUGCACAUUAUUUCAAACUUCCGUCAAGAGCAAUUUGUUUUAAAA